GCAGCUGCAUGAGAGGGAGAUGAAACCUCAACUUGAGAGGACUGAGCUUAAACGGCAUGGCUCCGAAAGACGCGCACUGACAGGGCUUUUUAUAUAUUUCAUGAAAUAACAAGACACUUAGGUCGCCCUGUAUAGUUUUAGAGAAUGACACACGGGCUGCUUUAAUAAUCCAACAUCAGAACGAACGCGUGGACGCACCUGGGACUGAAGCUCACACACAUGCACGCUGCGCGCUCCACUGCCUCACACGGGAUCCGCGCACUGGACAUGAGGAAGACCUCAUCCCGAGCCUGAUUUCCUGCGGUCCCGGCCAUCUGUGUGGCUUCGACUCGGAGCUGAAUUACACUCCCAAAAUGACCCAGCCACAGACGACCAUGGAGCUGGAGCAGAACUGCAAUAUAUCUAAAAAGAGCAUCAUUACCAAAAUGUUUAAAGUUCGCAAAAGGAGAGAGAUGCUGUUCGUGCAGGUGUGCUUCAUCUGCAGCGUCCUGUUCCUGGCGUGGUGUAUGUCGGCGUUGCUCACAAAAACAGGUCAUGGGCUGGUGCUGCAGGAGGGGUUUGCUGUUCCAAGCGAUCACUUGGGCCGAAAGCUUAUGGCUGCCACAGGAGACAAUGAGACGGAGAAGAACUGCACAGGACCAGCCAUCCACGAGUUCCCCAAGGAUAUAUUCACCAACAGACAGCGUACGCAAGGAGCUGUACUGCUACACAUAUUUGCGGCUCUAUAUAUGUUUCUGGCCCUUGCUAUUGUCUGUGAUGACUACUUUGUGACCUCUCUAGAGAAGAUCUGUGAGAAACUGCACCUGAGUGAAGAUGUAGCAGGAGCGACCUUCAUGGCAGCUGGAAGCUCCGCCCCCGAGCUGUUUGCCUCUAUAAUUGGUGUGUUCAUAACACAUGGAGAUGUGGGGGUGGGUACCAUAGUGGGCUCAGCCGUGUUCAACAUCCUGUGCAUCAUCGGCGUGUGUGGGAUAUUUGCGGGGCAGGUUGUUUUUCUCACCAAGUUUUCUGUGUUCAGGGACUCAAUCUACUACAUUUUGUCUGUGGUCGCCCUUAUUGCAUUUAUUUACGAUGAAGAGAUUUUAUGGUGGGAGAGUCUGAUACUGAUUGUCAUGUACAUUGGCUACAUUGUCAUCAUGAAGUUUAACACUAGCAUGCAGAACUACUUUUCGGGGAGGAAAGACAAGGGAGUCGCCAAUGGUAACACGGUCAUCAGCGAGAUGGAGGAUGGUAGUAAAUAUCAUCUUUUAUUUGAAGAUGAUCCAUCACGGCCGUUACUCAGACCAUCUAAGGUAAAGCCCAGUAAAGAGUACACUAGGGGCUCUGUUGUGAUGGUGGACGAGAUGAUAAAUUCGAGCCCUCCGCAUUAUCGGUUCCCCGAGGCCGGUCUCAGGGUCAUGAUCACCAACCACUUUGGGCCCAAGACACGUCUGCGCAUGGCAAGCCGACUUAUCAUUAAUGAGCAGCAGCGGCUGGUGAAGAUGGCCAAUGGGGUGGAUGCAGUGUUGGUGGCUGAUAAGAAAGCUGACACCUUGGAAAAUGGCAACGUAGCGGAGGACAAACUCGCUGAGGAGCCGGAGAGUGAGAUGUCAUCUCCCUUCAGCUUGCCUGGGGGCGCUAUGGACAAAGUGAAGUUUUUCAUUUCCUGGCCCAUUUUGGUGUUGCUGUACUUCACCAUACCCAACUGUGCCAAGCCACGGUGGGAGCGCUUCUUCAUGCUCUCCUUCUUCCUCUCUACAUUGUGGAUAGCCAUCUUCUCCUACUUCAUGGUGUGGAUGGUCACAAUCGUUGGAUACACACUUGGAAUCCCAGACGUCAUUAUGGGUAUAACUUUCCUGGCUGCGGGCACCAGUGUUCCCGACUGCAUAGCGAGUCUCAUUGUCGCACGGCAAGGCCUGGGGGACAUGGCUGUCUCCAACACGAUUGGCAGUAACGUCUUUGAUAUCCUGGUUGGACUCGGCGUUCCCUGGGGCAUCCAGACAAUGGCUGUCAACUACGGCUCUGUGGUUAAAAUCAACAGUAGAGGAUUGGUUUACUCCGUUGUUCUGCUGCUGGGUUCGGUGGCUUUAACUGUUUUGGGGAUCCACGUGAACAAGUGGAGGUUGGACUUUAAGCUGGGCGUGUACGUGCUUGUUCUGUAUGCCAUCUUCCUGUGCUUUUCCAUCAUGAUUGAAUACAAUGUCUUCACUUUUGUCAACCUGCCCAUGUGCCAAGAGGGUGUCUAGGCUCGAAGAUUUCCAUGGGCUUUGAACCAAAAUACCUCCGAGAUAAACCUGCAACCAAAAUUACCAAUGAUUCUGCUGUUUCCUCUCUGUUUGAUCUCCCAACCGAGUCGCUACUGUUAAAAAAAACACUGUCUCCUGCUGCACAUUCGCACCACUGUGGCUCAGAUGGAAGAACUGGAUUUCCCAGAAGACCUUGACUCGCAACUUUCUCCAUCGAUUCCAGGAAAUAAAAUUCUCCUUGGCAGCUCUUUAUAACUGAAUAUUCUUCCACUUCUGAACCUUGGACAAUCACAAUGCAGCCCGUAAACGUCUUGUUCAGAGCAGAAGGACUGAAACUGUAAACCUGCAUCACAAACUACACACAAACACAGCAAUGACAAAGAAUGCUGCUCAUUCCUGUAUGCAUUAGCAAUCAACAUUUUCUAAAUUCCGUCUUCCCUUGAGACACCGUAUGACAUGAAACAUGAACAUAAUGCACUUUAUAUGUGGCAUAAAACAUCGAGAUCUUAAUUUAUUUCCUCCGGUAUGGAAAAAUGAAAGUACGUCCUUGAUGUGGCGCAAUAAAAAGAUGGAACUGACAUGGAACGACUGCCCUCGGGCAACAAAGCGAUUCUCGCAGCUCGUUAACCACACAAGAAAACUAUUGAAAUAAGACGCACAGCAGACGUGAAGCAUUUUCUGUAUGGAUCACGCGGCGGGGAGUGAGAUGUUAUGAAAUCCUUAUGAGCUGGACCGUAUAUUUCCUGCUGAGAGCUUCCGGCAGGUGCCCGUCUGAGAGGUCAGCGAGUGGAAACAAGCUCUAAAAUUAGACCCGAUUUGGUUUUCCCUUUAUUAUUCCAGACCUGCAUUAACCAGUGAAUGGAACCAAUCAUAAAGCACACAUCAAAAGCUGCUCCUCACCUCUCGUUCAGACCAGAGCAGAUGACCCUCAGGACCGCUCUUUGCUGUUUCGCUGUGUGGACGAUGAGACUCACAACUGUGGCUGCUUUGAUAUUUCAAACGCAUACUGAUGACAUCACAAACAGAGAUCCUGGAUUUUGCAAACGUGCUACAAAACAAAUUUUUUUGUUUAUAUGUAAAUAUAACAUCACUGAUCCUGUUUGAACCAGUGCUUCCUUACAGAUGUUGGGAGGUGAGGGUGAAUUUACAUAUGUGACCGAAACGGCCACUUUUUCUUUAUUUCCAAUGCACCCUGACCUCUCUCUCUGGAUAUUUAUUACCGUGUGUCUGUAAUGCAUGAUUUGACACGAAGAAGCCAUUUAUAAAGCAGGGCAAAAGCUUCGAGCUCACAUCAAUGUUCCUACAAGGAUGAAUCUCAAGAAAAUAUGCCCAGGUCAUAUUUCAUCACAAAAUCAAAAGAAAAAUAAAUAUUGUGCAAGUAAAUGAUGUUCUAGGACCUUUUGCAGUUUUUCUGCAUUGCAACAUUUGUUUACAUGAAAGUUGAUCACAUUUUCAAACCUGGAUUCUCAUUGCUGUAAUACAUGUAGACUUUAUACUGUAAUAUGAGCAUACUGUAAUAAUUAUACAAGCAUAAAUUAAAAAGUCACCAUAUAAAUACUACUAUAAUUUAUAAAUGUUUAAAAUAAUUUAGAUGUAAUUUUAAAAAAAAAAAGUGUUCUGGUAAUGGUAUUUCUUGCAUUCAUUAUAGGAAUUACAUUUUCGCGGUAAAGGAAAUGUUUUGAUUGUUUGUAUUAACUGUCAUUUGUAUAAAUUUUCAGUACAGCGUUGUGGAAAUGUUUUUUUUUUUUUUUUUUUUUGGCAGUAGUGAAAAUUACAGUAAUGAGAAUGGAGGUGUACAUUUAAAUUAUAUUUUUGUGUGUGUGUUCUAGUAAUGAUUUUUUUCAUUAGUUAUAGGAAUUAAAUGUUUACGCAGUAAAGGAAAUUACGUUUUGAUUGUACGUUAAAUUUAAUAAUUUUUUGAAAUACGGUAAUGAGUUUUUCAUUGUAGUAUUGAGAAUUUUGUUCAUUGCAGUAAUGAAAAUAACCAUAACUGUAAAUUUAAAUGCUCUUCUGGUAAUGUUUUUUUGCAUUAGUUACAAGAAAUACAUUUUUAUACAGUAAAAGAAAAUACAUUUUGAUUGAUGUUAAAUGUAAUU